UCUGGUUUCAGCAGACAGUCGUGUUUGCAGCGAUCUAGCGAGCGGUAGACUCUUGGCUGCGCGAGGGAAAGGAACCCAGGAACCUGAAUCGGAACCAGGCCAGAUUAGAACCAAGGAGCGGACUAACUAGGACACACCUCCAGCCAGAAUGAGCCAGAGCCAGCUGAGCACAGAGCAACUGCUCUUCGAGGAGAAGCCGCUGUACGUGCCCCCAUUGUCGGAGCUGCAGAACGUCAUACAGGGUGCGCUGACCGCCAACUUCGCCCAGGUGGACGUGAGUGUGGGUCCCUGCCCGGACCUGAAGGCCAAGCAGUUCAGCCUGGUGGAGAGUGGGCUGGGCGGCAAGCCCACCCUGCUGGAGGCCGGCGGUCCGCCCUUCCUGCUGCCCCUGGUGCAGCGCGACAAGCUGUACAACAUCGCCGAGAUCACCAGGAAGAUCCAGGGACCCGGCAAGAUCUUCGCGGUGGGCGCAGGAGCCGGCCCCUGGCCCAUCCGGGGCUCCAACUGCGAGGGCAUCUUCAACCUCUCGGUGAGUGAGAAGGACGAGCUCACGAACGGCAGCUACACGGCCACCGUGAGGGGAGCGCAGGAGGAGUGCGUGCUGGAGAAGAUCCCCCACUCGGAGCCCCGCUGCGCCCUGCUGCUGAACCUCUUCCUCAGCCAGGGCAAGCCCGGCCAGGUGCUGAAGGUCAGCGCCAAGCAGCGCACGGGCGAGCAGAACUUCAUCGAGUGCAUCCGCAAGGGCCUGGAGAACCACUACGGCGACAAGGUGGUGGGUCUGGGCGGCAUCUUCGUGAUCAAGAAGGGCGCUGCCCACCAGCACGUGAUGCGCGACUUCAGCAAGACGCCCAUCAACAGCGACGAGGAGGUCAACGAGUGGCUCAAGUUCUACGAGAUGCCCGCCCAGCUUAACGCCGUGGGCACCCUGGUGACCAAGGAGCACGACCUCGACCUCCGCCUGCAGCACUUCCACUCCUUCUCCUUCGAGAACUGGGGCGGCCACUACCACUACGACACCACCCCGGACAUCGUGGAGUACGAGGCGUACCUCAAUGUGGCCGAGAGGGUGGUCAGGGUGGACAAGCCGGUGGCCACGCACAAGGUGGGACGGGACUAGAUCUUAUCUCCCGUAUCUAGUUGUAGACGACUUUUCCAUUGCCCGAACCCAAGCCCCGUAAAUCAUAGUAAAUAAACAAACAUAAGCUCGAAA